GCUAAAGAAGCCAAAAGGUUGAAGGAAUUUUUGGAAGAUUAUGAUGAUGACAGAGAUGAUCCCAAGUAUUACAGAGGGAGUGCACUCCAGAAGCGGUUAAGGGACAGGGAAAAGGAGAUUGAAGCAGAUGAACGGGAUAGAAAACGAGAGAAAGAAGAACUUGAGGAAAUCAGACAGAGGUUGUUGGCUGAAGGACACCCAGACCCAGAUGCUGAACUUCAAAGGAUGGAACAAGAGGCAGAAAGGCGUAGACAGCCACCACAGAUUAAGCCUCAACCAGAGUCAGAAGAGGAAGAGGAGGAGAAACCUGUAAGAGAAGCAAAGGUUGAAGAACAGAUGGAAGAGGAGGAGGAGCCUGAACCAAAGCCUUGCCUUAAGCCCACCAUGAGGCCUAUAAGCUCUGCCCCAUCUGUCUCGUCUGGUAGUGGACAUGCAACCCCCAAUUCUCCAGGGGAUGAGUCUCCCUGUGGAAUCAUCAUUCCACAUGAAAAUUCACCAGAGCAACAGCCGCAAGAGGAGUACCGGCCAAAAAUAGGCCUGAGCCUCAAAUUAGGAGCCUCCAGUAGUCCAAGUCAGACAAAUGUUGCAAAAAGGAAGAAACUGCCUGUAGACAGUGUAUUUAAUAAAUUUGAGGAUGAAGAUAGUGAUGAGGUGCCAAGAAAAAGAAAACUGGUUCCACUGGAUUAUGGCGAUGAUGACAAAUCUUCAGCCAAAAAUAAUGUGAACACAGAAGAGAAACGCAAACAUAUCAAGAGUCUUAUUGAAAAAAUACCUACAGCUAAACCAGAGCUGUUUGCUUAUCCUUUGGACUGGUCCAUUGUAGACACUACAUUAAUGGAGCGAAGAAUUAGGCCCUGGAUCAAUAAAAAAAUCAUAGAGUACAUUGGUGAAGAAGAAGCCACGCUGGUUGAUUUUGUAUGUUCGAAGGUAAUGGCACACAGCUCUCCACAAAGUAUAUUGGAUGAUGUUGCAAUGGUCCUUGAUGAAGAAGCUGAAGUAUUCAUAGUGAAAAUGUGGCGGUUACUAAUUUAUGAAACCGAAGCAAAGAAAAUCGGUCUUGUGAAGUAA